AUGAAGUACAUUAACAAAACGAUAUUGGUCGCUCUAUUUAUUGAAAUAACAUUACCAACUUUAUUACAAGCACAAGCAAAAGAUGUCUGCCGUUUACCAAAAUCAUUUAAAAAAAACUAUGAUUUUAAGCAUAAACUUCGCUCACACGAAUGGGUAAAUUUAAACGGUACUACUGAUUAUUUGGUAUUGGUUCUGUCUUGGACACCACAAUUUUGCAAAUAUCAGCCGGCACGACAACGGCAAGAAAAUUUUCAAUGUAAACCAGAGAAUAAGUUUGGUUUAAUUGUUCAUGGUCUCUGGCCGCAAUCAAAAAAAACAAGAGGAAGAGGCGGGGUCCGAAGUCAUCCACGAAACUGCAAGGACGAUAAACAAUUAGAUAUUUCUUUGAUCAAAAGUUAUUUUUGUCUAAUGCCUGAUGAAAUAUUGCAACAGGCUGAAUGGGAAAAACAUGGCACUUGUGCUUUUAAAUCACCGGAAGAAUAUUUUAAGACAAUGAGUCAAUUAUAUUCAAAAGUGAAUUUACCUGAUAUGAAUCAAUUAUUAAAAGAUAAACAUUUGCAUAAGAAAAAAGUAGAAGCAGCAUUUCUAAAGAAAAAUCCCGGAUUACAUAUUGUCACAACAACAUAUAGAGGACCACACAAAAGUGUUACGGAAACAGACGCAAUUAUUGUAUCGAUGAGAAGAAAAGAACUUGAAGAAAUAAAAAUAUGUUUUGAUCUGAAACACAAUUUUACCAUUAUAACUGAAACUGAAUAUGGAGAAGGAAUGUUAUAUCCACGUUGA